AUGGCCCUGUCCCUGGCCCUCAAGGUCAACCACUCCCUGCUGCGCCUCGACCUGGACCGCGAGCCCAAGAAGGAGGCGGUGAAGAGCUUCAUUGAGACGCAGAAGGCUCUGCUGGGAGAGAUCCAGAACGGCUGCAAGCACAACUUCAUCCUGGCCAAGGAGAAGGAGGAGCAGGAGCAGAAGCUGCAGCAAUCGGCUUCCAUGGCCGAGAUCGCCCCGGCCGAGGCUCUGGAAGCGGCUCCCGCCGAGCCCAUCCCGGAUGGAAGCCCCGGAUCCGCGCGGGAUGAGGGGCAGGAAGCUGAGAACGGGGACACGGAGCCGGCGGAAGGGGAUGAGGAGCAGGGCAAUGACCGGGAUGAGGGGACGGACUCGGACACGGCCACGGAUGAGGAUGAGGAUGAGGCCGCUGCUCCCUCGGGAAGGAAGGAGCUCCCUGACUCCUCCGGCGGUGUCCUCGUGUCGCCAGCCCCGAGCAUCCCUAGGGAUGCUCCCUCCGGCCCCGGGAACGCCGUGGAUCCCGCUCCGUGCCGGGGAGCCGAGAGGAGGAUUUCAGUGUCGAGCCCCGGCCGGGGCCACAAGGUCUUUGUGGUGACGCGGGUGGAGCCGGGCCCGGAGCGGGAUGAGGACGCUGAUCCCAGCGGGAAUACCGAGCUCCAGCCCUGCUCCAAUGGAGCCGGAGCCGAGGCUCCCGCCGGAGCCGAGGCGCUUCCCAACGGGCUGAAGGUGGAUUUUGCACGGGCGCUUCCGGAGGCGGCCUCGGAAAACGAUGGGAAACUGGGAAGUUGGGGAGCAGAGCACGAGUUGAGCUGCUCCAAGAACGCGCAGGAGCUGGAGGAGCUGCUCCUCGAGGCCAGCCAGGACACGGGGCAGGAGCUGCCCUGAGCACCCGUCCGUGGGACGGAGCCUCCGCGAUGGUUUUCUCCUCUUCCCCAUGGAGCAUCCAAGGCUGGGCUCCAGGACCAAGGGGUUCUUCCAAACCAAACUCCUGUUGCCCCAGCCCAUUCCCAGCCCUCGGCCUCUUCCCCGCGUUCCCGAGCGGAAAGGCAGGACGGCAAAGAGGGAAAAGCCCCCGGAUGGGUUCAUCCCCAUGGACACUACAAGGCACCUUCGCCUCCCCUUUUCCCCUCUUUCUCUAUGGAGGAGAUUCCCACACUACAGGGACCGAGGUGGCGGAAUUCCCGCAGGAUUCCCGGGCCAGGCCGUGGCAUUCCCAGCCACUCUGCUUAUUUAUUUGGAAUUCCUUCUUUUCCUUUCGUUUUCGGGCUCUAUUUAUCAUCAGCUGCACCGUUCCUACCUGGGGAUGCUCUUAGAAUCCAGCAACUCCUUCCAUCUCAAUUCCUGCCUUUGGGAAUACCGGGAAAACAACCCCUACACCCCCCCCCCCCCCCCCCCUCGCAGCCAAAGUGGGGAACCCCUCUUUUUGAGUGGGAAUCAGGAUCCAAAGCGGGGCUGCUUCCAGGUUGGGAUUCCCAGCGUUGGGAAUGCCGUUCCCAAGGGCCGGGCUGGAUUUCUCAGGGAGGGGGACGAGGACUCGGCGCUUUGUCUUUCUUAAGUGCAAUAAAUCUAUCAGGGA